UUUAGACUGAAAGGAUAUCUGGGUGACAUCCUUGGGACUUCCUGGCUCGCCAUCAGACUUCAGGCUCUGCAGAGAAAACACAUCAAUCACGCCGUGUGCAUCCGCCUGUUGGAUAGACACUGGAAUAACAGUGUGGAUGCUUUGUGUCCCUGUCAGGACAAGUUUGCUUUUGACAAGAGGGUGCUCAGCCGCGUCACAGGGCUGCUCUGUGUGUGUGUGUGUGUGUGUGUGUUCGCGUGCGCGUCACGCCAAAGAGCUUAGCAUUAAAAAAGCAGCAGCUGUGACAUCUGUGGGAAAAAGAUGCCCAGAGGCAUUUAAACAAAAGUUAUUUGCUGCAACAGUGCAUUGACUGCAAUUUAUGCAUGUGGGUGUGUGCAUGACCUUGCAUCCUAACACUCACGUGUAUGUGAGAGAAUUCAUCAGACGUGACUACAAACAGUGCAACUGUUGGCAAGAAAUGAAAUAAUAAGAAACAGCUCUCUCGUCAGGGUGGCGCCAGAGCACAGAUGGCUCCUCGGUCUGACAAUCAGGAAGGUAUGUGUCCAGUCAUCCCUCGUUUUAGCGGUUAAUUGGUUCCAAUUUCCGGGAUACUCAAUGUUAAUAAAUAAAAUAUUUUCGUAGUUGGAGCAAAGAAAACCUGUUUAUGACUUUCUAAAUACUGUUAUGUUUUUAACAUUAUUAGAGCCCUGAAGACAUGAAAUAGCAUUAUAUACAGUAUAGUCACCUUUACACUCCUAUUAGUCAUUGUUUACACCACAUUGCAACUCUUGCUGCAGGGACUCGACACGACCGCUAACUAGCAAGCUGGCGAGCUAACCAGUUAGCUUCGAAUGAUUUUUUUCUAAACUUUAGCAGCCAAAAACUUACCACUCCUAUACGGGAUGGUAGGAGACCAUCUACUCUAUCAUGUCGGACAUGCCAUGGCUGACUUCAUGCAAGUAAUGUAAUGUAGUAGUGUGCGGAUCGAUACUGAAAUAUCGGUACUUCUGAUACCAGCUCUUCAGAAACGUUUGUUGAAAGGGUGACCUAUUUUAACAGCCAUGUGUGAACUGUGAAUAAAGUUUGAAUUUUUACUGUCGUUCUUAAUAAUUAAUCAUUUAUUUUAAUGGUUUUAUUGUUUAACUUAUUUUUUUUAUUGUUUAAAAUACAAUUUUCACAGAUUUUAUAUGAUUUUGUCCUCAGUUUUUUCUGUUCUUGUAUAAUAGCUUGUUUAUACCUCAAUAUACUUUAGGGCUUAAAAUUAAUUAAUUAAUUCUUAAAUUAUUAGUUUAUUUAAAUUAUUAAUUUAUUUAAAUACACUGCUUUUUAGGUGUACUUUAGGUGCUGCUUUUAAGUGUACACAUUAGGCACAUUUGGUGAUUUGCACAAAGUAUUGGAUCAGUAUCGCCGAUACCAGCCUGAAUUUUACUCAGUAUAAGAUUGGAAACAAAAUCAGUGGUAUCACACAUUGCUAGUUAAGGUAAUGUCUCAAUGUUUUGUGUCAUUACUGCCGCCUAGUGAGUAGAAUACUACAUAUCACAUGUAUUUCAAAAUGUGUUGACUAGUAAUAGACCAUAGUCUACCACCAAACAGCCAUCAUUUAUUCAUUAAUUCAUUUCUGAAAAAACGCGAUACAGCGAGGGAGUGCUAAUCCAACCGCGAUAUUGCGGGGGAUGACUGUACUGUAGUCAUUUAUUCGGUGGCUGAUGCACCACUGAGACCUUGGCUUCCACAACAUUGCUAGCCUGAAAACAAAAGUGGGAAGACCCGCUCAGAUGAAGAAUCCUAGUGGAUCUGAUGUUGGACCACAAAUCCAAGACAAAAAGAUCAGAAGGGAUCAACACCUUUGGCAGUGGAUCCCAAAGAGAUCAGCAGUGUCUCUAAAAGAAGAAUAAUGCAAAGAAAACACUGGAAUGGAACAAGAGGAAUAAAACAGCUGCAAUGUACCGUCAGGAUUUCAACAGAAAGCUGGAAUGCAACAACGUAGAAGGAGGCAGGGAGACAUCUUGGAUCUGAACCAGCAUCUGCCAGCAGUCACAUUCCUCACGAUCCCACUUCCUGAACAAAGCUCCACAACUCCCUACAACACCCCCAACCUCACCCUCCCUUCCCAGUGAAGGCAUGACGAGAGCCCGCCCUGUCUAGUGGGAGGGGUGAUGUGAUUGGUGGGCAGCCAGUGACGGAAGUCCCGAGGGAGCAUGACCGUUAAGAUUUGAAAAGUCAGACAGCAAACCUGAACAGCUUCAGUUGGGAUGGGCGGUCAGAGCUCUUCAGUGGAGGGCGUGCACGUGGUGGUGGUGGGCGGGGGCUUUGGGGGUGUGGCCGCUGCACAGCAUCUGAAGCGUGGAGGCCUGAGCUUCACUUUGAUUGACAUGCGGGACGCCUUCCAUCACAACGUGGCAGCGUUAAGAGCAUCCGUGCAGCCAGGCUUUGCUCAGAGGACCUUCAUCCCAUACGCUGACACGUUCGGAGACAGUUUUCUUCAAGGUCGGGUGGCGCGAGUCGACACUGAGCGCCAAGUGGUGGUCCUGGAAGGAGGGAUGGAGGUCCGCUUUUCACACCUCAUCCUGUGCACGGGAACUGACGGGCCUUUUCCCGGGAAGUUCAACACAGUGGCGUCGUAUGAGAACGCCAUUCAGGCUUACAAGGAGUUUGUCAAGCAGAUCCAGACGGCUGACUCUGUGCUGGUGGUGGGUGGAGGCUCGACAGGCGUGGAGAUGGCGGCUGAGAUCAAGACCGAAUAUCCACAAAAGAAGGUGGUUCUGGUCCAUGCCCGAGGCGGCCUGGCCGACCCAGAGCUCCUUAUCAGCGUGCGGCGCCAGGCCAAGGAGGUUCUGCUGGAAAAAGGGGUUGAGCUACUGCUGGGUCAGAAAGUGUCCAACCUCUCCAGUCUGACUUUCAAUGUGACCCAGAAGAACAUGGAGGUCACCACGGAGAACGGAACCAGACUGACCACGGACCUGAUUAUCAACUGCAGCGGACUGAAGGUCAACUCAGCCGCCUAUGAGUCCAACUUCCCUGGAAGUUUGGCACAAAAUGGCGCCCUGAAGGUCAACCAGCAUCUGCAGGUGGAAGCUUUUUCGAACAUUUACGCCGUGGGCGACUGCACCAAUGUGCAAGAGCCCAAAACGGCGUACCUGGCCGGGCUGCAUGCCGCUGUCGCCGUGAGCAACAUCGUCAACAGUCUGAGCGGGAAGCCGCUGACCUCGUACCGCACAGGCAACGUCACCAUGCUGCUUGCCAUGGGCCGGGACGACGGCGUCGGACAGUUUAAUGGCCUCAGGUUACCUCGCUGCCUGGUUGCCAUGGUGAAGAGUCGGGACCUGCUGGUGUGGAAGAGCUGGAAGGACAUGUGCCAGGUGCAACCCUGACACGUGCCAUUGAUUGAGUGACAUUUUCUUUUGUCACAAGCUUGUGUCCACAUGAAGAACUGAACAAAACAACUUCCUUUACUCAUGUUGAAUAAUUUAUCAUUAAAUGAACUUGCUCAUCACACAAAGUCAUAAAUAAUCAGAAGGAACUCUUGGAUACGUGUCUAGCCCGGAGCCAUCAUUUGCCUCCUGAACGUAAAUUUUAAAAAACCUCACAAGGUAUCUUGUUACCAUGGCAACAUCAUUGCAUCAUGAGAAGAGGCGUUAACUGAUCAGUAAAGUCACUGGAGGACAAUUCAUAGAUUGUUAAUUUGGAUGCUGGUAACAUGAGGACACAGGGUCAUCUGUGUCCCCAACGAUACUGGGGCUCUGUGAAGUCACCUCUGUCAAUCAUUAUGGGCUCAACCCCCCCCCAAAAAAAGACUAAUGUUCUUCUAUGUUCUGUUUCUGUCACGGGUCCUAAAGCCUGGUUUAUGCUUCUGCGUCGUCACUUGCCGUCCCUUCUAACACCGACCCUUCAACACCGUCCCCUCCAAUGCUGUCCCCUCCAACCCGUCCCUUCCAACGCUUUCCCCUCCAUCGCUGUCCCUUCCAAUGCCAUCCCCUCCAAUGCCAUCCCCUCCAACGCUGUCCCUUCCAACACCAUGCUUUGCAACGCCAUCCCCUCCACAACCAUUCCCAUCAACCAGCGUUCCUUCUAACGCUAUCCCCCUGCAACGCCGUCCCCUCCAACACCAUUCCCUCCAAUGGGUCCUUGAUCCUUUGUCAGAGUUUUGUGACGUGCAGUUGUCUGCCAAAACACUAGGCGCAUUGUUUAAGACAACCCAGUGAGCAAUUACAACUCUCACUGACUAUUUAGUUUGUUAGCUUGGUAAUUAAGGAGAGAAGCGGAGUGUUAUUGCAGCUGGAGCUAAUCAAUACGUUACAACAUUUUUGUUGCAAAGAUUGAUUUGAAAGUGGAGGGGAAGGCGAUGGUGACAGUGGGCUGUACUCCCUCUGAACGAGUCGUAUACGCACAGAAAAUAAUGUAAAAAAGCCGACCAAUCGCAGCCUUUACGAUGUGCCCCGCCGUGACGCGAGGGUGCUUUUUUUUUUUUUAAAGUGCACUUCAUGCUACACAGGACGGUUUUGGAGGGGAGGACCAAGCGCCGUACCGUACACUGGCGCCUCGACGCAGGAGCAUAAUCCAGGCUUUACAAUCACCAUCACACACCUCCCAGUCCCCACCCUGCAAUUAGGGGCCCCAGCAGCAAACUAGCCCCACCAGUAUAAACAGCCAGACUGGUUCUGUCUGGAAUAGACAUUUGUGAGGUGGUCCAAACUCCAAUUCUGCUUUCCAAAAUAAAAGUUCUUCAGUGAAACAUACAGGAAGUGAAUGUAAAAGACAGGGAAUUACCAUUUAUGACCCAUGUCAGCAGGAAGUGACACUAAUGUUCCUCGUGUCCCAGGAGGCUUUGCAGCUUUCACCUUAAACCCCGCCUACUCGGCCUUGCCGCACUUGCGUGUCUGGAGGUAUGAGUGAUAGAAGAAGUUGGAGAAGAGCAGCAGGUAGCUGAGGUACAUGAGUGCCCCCCAGGCAAUGUUGACUAGGUGGGAGGGGCAGUCGCCAUGUUGCAUCCAGCGGUACACCAGACCAAUCACCGCAAGACCCGCCGCCAUCUGCAACAGCUGAGCGCACGUGACGACCACGGCCAGAACACGAGGCACACGCAAGCCGGCGGCGCGUGCGGCGUAGUAACUGUACAUGAAAGCAUGCACUGUGUAGUUGAUGGUCAUGAACCACCCGCCGCCCGCCACCAUGUCUUUGUAGGAGUACCACGAGUAGAGCAGAACCGUGAUAUGGUGGUACCAGUGCAGGAAGAGGAGGCGCUGCUUCCUCAGCACGAUGAAGAGCGUGUCACCUGACAAAACACACACGUGCAUCACAUGUACAGUAUGUGUGAUGCGUGGCUAAUGGCGGAAAUGCAAACAGGAAAUGAGACUCACCCAGCUCAGGUACCUUGCUCAGCAUGAAGGCGUAGGCCCAGAACUUACUGACGGGUCCGUGAUAGAAGACCUGGUCACACACGGAACGCCGGAAGCCACCGCUGCUCAGGACGUGAAGCAUGAAGUAACCCGUACGCACGGCACCCAUGAUGCUGCACACACACACACAGAGUUAGUCAUCAAUCAGAUGCAUGUGAUUGGUCCCUCUUUACCCUUGGUAAGGCCAGGUGGUCAUUGCUUACAGUACUUCUGACUCAGUCACUGUCACCAUGGAGAUGAAAGUUGCUAAAACAGACGUGAAUGCUGACCUGAAUAGCGCGAGAGCGAGCGACCAGACAGCCAAUGGCCUCCUCAGGUUCAUUUUAGGGCGGAGCCUCAUGUAGUGCUGCCCUCCAAGUACUAGGGCGCCGUACACGGCGCUUAACACGAAGGCCGUGCCCCUGCAGGGGACCAAACGCACACUUGAGCCUCUUUCACACAGAGAUUGCAGUAUCAGAACCGUAACAAAUGAUCCGGCAUUUAUCUGCCUUUCACGCAUAAACCUAGCAAAGCAGGACAUUGCCACAAGUGUGUGUGUUUGUGUAGCUGUGUGGUAGUUUAUGUGUAAACCUCACUCCCUGGUGCCUCAAGAGCUGCACAGGACAAUGAGUUCCAAGGGCUGUUUGACUUUACUCUCAUUUGGUGGAGAUGUGUAGUCGCACGGUGGCCAUGUGGUUAGCCACAAAGUCAGGAGAUAGAGAAGGUUCAAAUCUCUGCUUGGGCAUCUCUGUGUUUGGAUGUUCUCUCAUGUUUUCUCCAGGUACUCCGGUUUCCUCCCACAUUCCAAAAACAUGCAUGUUCUAAAUUGAAUGGUUGUCUACAUGCGCCCUGCGAUUGGCUGGCGUACAGUCCAGGGUUGCCACUCCCUACCUCUCAACUGAAGUCAGCUGGGAUAGGCUCCAGCAUACUCCCGCAACCCUAAUGAGGAUAAAUGGCAUAGAAAAUGGAUGGAUGGUGCAGGUUCGAGUCCCGGUCAUAGCUGCACUGUUAUGUGUGUGUUUUCACACACAUGAUGACCAUGUGAUGUUCAUCCGCUGCUCUGAUUGGUUGGCUUGGUCACUGGUGGGCGUGGCCUCACCUGGACAGACCAGAUAUGAAGUUGCACACAUUCCUAGGUUGUGUGAUCAGUCGCCAUGCGAUGACAUAAUCACGUUGGACUUAUCCUGUUCUUUGUUUGUGCGGUUCUGCUACACACAUCUCUCAUCCAAAGAAAACACAAAGAAACAACAACAAAAAAAGAAAAGAAACAUAAUCAUCUGACUGAAGUGUGCCGAUCAUCAGAGUGACCAAGAGGUCAGUGAAGUUGAUUUCAGUUUGUCAGUCAGUCAAAGGAGAGUCAUUCUCACCAGUUGUUCUUCAUCCAGGAGAUGGCUCCACGCUGGUCGAAGUUUCUUUCAAAGUCGAACUCUGUCAGCAUCAUCGUGAGGUUACGAGUCAGGCCCUGUGUGAGCUCACCUGCUUCCCUCUGGCCCGAGUGUAGAUUUCCUGCUGGGGGCGUGGCCUCCAGGACCCACCUGGAACCAGAUGGACUGGUUGAGAGUGUGUGUGUGAAGGGGCAUACCGAGAUUUCAAUGUAGUUUGCCAGGGGCGGACUUACCAUUAGGCACACACAAGCAAUUGCCAAGGGCACUGAGAUUUCCAGGGGUCCCCAAACGUCUCAUAAAAACUGAUUACUGAUUUGUUUUUACUUCGAUUUUAAGUACAUACAGAGUUGUGAAAAAGUGUUUGCCACAUUCCUGAUUUUUUCUUUUUUUUUGCAUGUUUGUCACACUUAAAUGUUUCAUAUCAUCAAACACAUUUAAAUAUGAUUCAGUGACAACACAACUGAACACAAAAUGCUGUUUUUAAAUGAAAAAUGGCCCUGUGUGAAAAAUUGAUUGCCCCUGUGUUAAAACAUUACAUAACUGAGAUUAAUGGAGUAAUAAUCUAUCAGUCUGGAAAAGGUUAUAAAGCCAUUUCUAAAGCUUUGGGACUCCAACCAACCACAGUGAGAGCCAUCCACAAAUGGCAAAAACAUGGAACAGUGGUGAACCUUCCCAGAAGUGGCUGGCCAACCAAAAGUACCCAAGAGCGCAGCGACGACUCAUCCAAGAGGUCACAAAACACCCCACAACAACAUCCAAAGAACUGCAGGCCUGCAUUGCAGAGUUCCAAGACCAAAACCACUGCUGAACAAAAAGAACAUUAAGGCUAGUCUCAAUUUCGGCAGAAAACAUCUUGAUGAUCCCCAAGACCUUUGAGAAAAUACUCUGUGGUCUGACGAGACAAAAGUUACCUUUUUUGGAAGGUGUGUGUCCCAUUACAUCUGGCGUAAAAAUAACGGCACAUUUCAGAAAAGAGCAUCAUACCCACAGUAAAAUCUGGUGGUGGUAGUGUGAUGGUCUGGGGCUGUUUUGCUGCCUGUGAUAAAUGGAACCAUGAAUUCUGCUGUCAACCAAAAAAAAAUCCUGAAGGAGAAUGUCCGGCCAUCUGUUGGUGACUUCAAGCUGAAACCAACUUGGGUUCUGCAGCAGGACAAAACACACCAGCAAGUCCACCUCUGAAUGGCUGAAGAAAAACAAAAUUUAGACUUUGGAAUGGCCUAGUCAAAGUCCUGACCUGAAUCCUACAGUAUUGAGAUGCUGUGGCAUGACCUUAAAAAGACGCUUCAUGCUGGAAAACCCUCCAGUGUGGCUGAAUUACAACAAUUCUGCAAAGACGAGUGGGCCAAAAUUCCUCCACAGCGCUGUAAGAGACUCAGUUAUUGCAAACGCUUGAUUGCAGUUGUUGCUGCUAAGGGUGGCCCAACUAGUUAUUAGGUUUAUGAGGCAAUCACUUUUUCACACAGGGCCAUGUAGGUUUGGAUUUUUUUUUCCUUCCUUAAUAAUAAAAGGUUUCAUUUAAAAACUAAAAUUGCAUUUUGUGUUCAGUUUUGUUGUCAUUGAGUAAUAUUUAAAUUUAUUUGAUGAUCUGAAACAUUUAAGUGUGACAAACAUGCAAACAAAUAAGAAAUCAGGAAGGGGACAAACACUUUUUCAAACCACUGCAUUGCUGUUUUAGUUUAAAUUCAUGUACUUAAAACUACAACAAUAUGCGUAACCUAUCAUGAUGGUUUUGACUUCUCCACCAUCCCUUCUGAUGCAAUGGACGAUUCCAUGUUACUGUGCAUGUGCAGAUUGAUUCAGGAAGAUGGUGGCAAAACAAAGUUGUUGUCGUGGUGAGGAGUUACCUGAGUGGAGCGGAGAAGGCGAGAGGAAAGUACAUAGUUUUAGAUAUACUGUAGUUACAUAUAGGCCUUUCUUGGCACAUGUUAGAUUGCAUGACCAGAGCAGACAUUUCUACUCGCAGUAUCUGUAUCACUUGCUUUUGGCCUUGCUUUUUUUUCCACACCCCUUUUGCACACAAUCAGUAUGGACCGUCUCCAACCAGCUAAGACCACGGGGUCACACGUAGAGACAUACGACAGGAAAGCUCCCACGCACCCACGCACGCAAGGGGAGAACAUGAAAACUCCACAAAGAGAUGCCCAACAGAGAUUCGAAACCAGAUCUUCCCCAUCUCCUGACUGUAUGUAUUGCUAACCACUAGGCCACAAUUUACAAAUACCAUUAUUUGCAACGUUGUUUCAACGUUGCGGUACAAUGUUGCUUAAAUGUUACAUUUCAACAUUGUCUCAAUUGACAAAUACAUCUAUUUUGCAACGUUGUUUCAACUUUAAAUGUUCAACGUCAUGAGUGUUUAUUCAACGUUCUAUCAACCUGCUGGGUUGAGGCCACAUGUGGUAAACUCAAGGCCCGGAGGCCAUAUGUGGCCCACCACAUCAUUCCCGCAAAAGCCUGAGCAUAAUGUGUUUCAAUAAUGCACUUCACCGUUUCCCUUCUAAAUGUAUUUGAUCUUUCAUUUUGACAGAAAAAUUGCGCCGCGUGCAGUUCUCCUAAACUUUAAUUUUAUCUGAUCAUGCAACAAGAUAUUCCAAGCAUUUCUUGUUAUCCAAAAUAAAUAUUUGAAUGUCUGCUUGUCUCCUUGACAUUCUCUUCAGUUCUCAUUUCAAAGCAAGUUAUCCAUCAAUCUGUUAGUAAAAAUGUAAUAAUCAAAUGCAAUUGUGUGAGUUUAUACAGUCGUCUCUAUAUUGCGAUUUUUUUUUUUAAAUAAUUCAUAAAUGAUUGCUGUUUCGUGGUUGACUAUGGUCGAUUAUUAGUCAAUUAUCUGCCACAAACAGGAGAUUACUGUAUUUGUAUUCAUAUAUACAGACC